UGUUCACGUCGCUGGUAUGCUGCCCAUGGGCCAUAGUGACGCUUCGGGCUAGGCAGUGCCGUUGGGGCAAGAUGUGCAAUGGCAGCUGCAAUGAACUUUGCCCAGUGGCUAAAUUGUGUCGAGAAGCAAUAGGUGGCUUCUCUGCCACAUUGGCAUGGGGUACAUCAGAUAGACGAGUGCAAGUAUUCCACAUACUUUGCCUUCUUUGCGUGGGCAUUUAUGCCAUUUUGCUCCCAUGGAUGAGGCCACAAUGGCUGGUAGAUAACAUCUACGCAGAAGCCACAAAGGUUGGCAACAGCGUGGGCAAGCAGAGGGGAAUUUUUCAGGUAGCGGUCUUGGUGCUGGCAGUCUUGAACUUCAUGUGUCUCAUCAUGCUGGGGCUUGCAUCACGUGCCAUGAAGAGUGAAGCUAUCUCAAGACUUAUUGAUGAGCAGCUUCGAGAGAAUGAAAAGUUUCGGAGCCACUUUCUGAAAGCCCUCCGGACCAGCUACAGCAUCUCUGUUUUAUUGCUGCUUUUGGUUGUGUUCAUCUACGGCAUCCUAAGUCGGCUUUCACGUCUUCCCCAUCCAUCUGCAUUCGUCAUGGGCUGGAGUCCAGCUUUCUUCUCGGCCUGGGCUCUUCUGCAAAUGUUGACAUUCAUCCGCCUCCUUGCUGCACUUGCCAUGAACAAAGUGGAGUGCUUCUACAGAGAGCUGGAAGCGACAGGCAACGGCAUCAACGGCGUCAACGGUAUCCAUGGCAUCAACGGAAGUGUCAAUGCCAGCAGUGCUUGUUUGGAGGCUCAAGACUUCGCUGAGACUGCGGUUCCAGGACAUUGGCUGCAUCUUUUGAGAGAGCAUCAGAAAUUGCUCCGACAUUUGAAAGCCAUGUCUUCUGCAAUAUCUGCGACUGUUCUUGUUUUCCAGAAUGUGGUCGCGGGUUCCAGCUUGCUAUCGCUGUGGGUUGCCCGAGCCUAUCAAAAAGACGCUUUACCUUCGACUGGCUAUGUGCUGUUGGCUUUCACAAUGAUGUGCUCAGGGAUUUUUGCCAUGCUGCCUUUGGCUUACAUCACAGACUUGUGUCAGUCUCGCCGGCUGGGGCGGCGUUCAUUGCUAAAUCUAGCAGACAAAUACAGCGGCUGGCCCAUGUCAGCUGAAGUGCAUGCCGAAUAUAUGCGAUUCAUGCAGCAUAUGAACAUGGCAGAGGCAGGCAUUUACCUUCCCAACAUGGGCAUGGUGACUCGAGCAUCGUUGACAAAUCAGAUCAUGUUCUACGUGAAAGUCCUGCCCCUUGCUCUGGCGCUUACUUUGGGCUGGUGGCGGCGAGGUUGACAUGACCAUGACUUUGGGCACACGGAACCUUUGGAUCUUACCCAGAUCCUGCAAUGGCACAUUGGCUGGUCCUCACUCACUGUUUCGCAUGACUGCAUCACACAUCGAAAUUCAGAUUUUGGAAGUAAGUCGGCUCCUUAUCCAGUGAAAAUCUGACUUUUGUUAAAUCGGGUCAGUUUUCCCUGAGGGUAAAACCGUUUGGGAGGUUGCAAUAGAGUGUAGGCAGAAGCACCAGAGGAUCCAAAAUCACACAGUUGGGAUCUGGUGGAAAGAUGGGAUUCUCCCAAAUUGGUCAGGACUGAAAA